AUGGAUGCCGUGAGCGAACGGAGCCCCGACCGGGAGAAGGAUCUUGAAGGGACGGACUUGCCUAGACCGCCAUCCGCGUCAACAAAACAGGAGACCUGCUUUGUCUUUGAUUGGGAUGACACCAUACUCCCAACGUCAUGGCUGGAGCGCAUCCACGCUCUUGCGGGUGGUGGGCCAUUGAGGCCUGAGGUGCAGCGGCAACUUGCGAGUCUUUGCUCAGCAGUGGUGCAGACUCUCCAGCUGGCAGCCUCGCUGGGCUCAGUGAUCAUCAUCACCAACAGCGCACCUGGCUGGGUUGAUCAGUCCUGCCAGAUUUUUAUGCCGCAGAUCCUUCCGCAGGUUCGGAGCUACCCGAUCUUCGCAAAACCAUUGCACGCACCUCUUACCUUCAAGAUCACAACGUUCCGGCGAGAGUGUAAGAAAUGGACGAAUUUGAUCUCCAUAGGAGAUGGAGAUGCUGAGCGUGCCGCUAGCCUAAGGCUGCAGGCGCGGGCGUUUGGUGCCAUGUCCUCCCAAUUUCUGCUUGCCAGGCACCAGAGCGCAAGCCUGCUGGCCACAGCCUUGCGUCCGAUUUGGCCUGUCCGCAGGUCUUUGACCGCGAAUGUCUGCAAAGGGUUAAGGGCACCUCAAGAAAGGCCCCUCCGAGAUCAGGGGCCUUUGUCGGGCCAACAAAGUCUUUUCUCUUGGGACCUUUGUCGGGUCGCCGUCAACCAGUGCCACGUGGACUCGCUGCCAUGA